CUUUGUUGAAAGAGUAAUUAAGUUUUUAUGGCCGGAAGCUUAAAGACCCUUGAAAUACAAAAAGAGGGUGUGGCACUUAAUUUGCUUUGUUUACUGAGGGGAGAAUUUGACAGAGUUUGAAAGAAGCUUCAAUGGCUGAACAAGAUUCAGAUGCUCAAAAGAAGCUAGCCAAGGACUUAUACAAGGCUGCAAACAAUAAUGACGUCACCAAAGUUAGGUCCCUGUUGGGACAGGGGGCAGACCCCAACCACAAGCUCUACUGGAGUGACGAGUGGGCGGAUGAGCUGCCUCCAUUACACACUGCUUGCUUGUGGGGCUACCUUGAGAUUGUGAAGACACUUUUUACUCAUGGAGCUCGUACUGAUGAAGCUGGUGGGUGGGGUAACAAGAUUCCAUUUCACUGGGCAUGCUGGGGAGGUAACAAAGAGGUGGUCAAGUACUUUUUCCGCGAGCUUGGACUUAGCACUGAUGUGAGGGAUAAGUCUCUUCACUGGGCUUGUGAGGGAGGAAGUAAAGAUGUGGUACAGUAUCUGGUGGAGGAGAGGAAGAUGGAUGUUGAUGUGAGGGAUGAUGAGGGACAGUCACCACUGGACAAAGCUCUGGAGGAAUGGUAUAAAUAUGAUGGUUGUGUGGAUGUUGCCCACUACCUGAUGAGCCGUGGCUGUGCAUGUGGUGAUGAGGACAAAGCCGAGUUACUGUGUGCAGCAUGUUACCAUGGCAACAUGGGUGUAGUGAAGGAACUAGUCGAGCAACACAAAGUUGACCCCAAGAAUGUGAGGGAUGAUAUCAACGAGACCCCUCUCAAAAAUGCAUGCUACAAGGGACACAAAGAUGUGGUGCAGUACUUGGUGGAGAAGGCCAACUGUGAUAUCAGUGUUACUGACGAUAAUGGCGAGACUCCUCUUGACAUUGCUACACGGAAGGGUCACACUGAAAUUGCUGACUACCUCAAGUCUCUACCACAACAAUCUGCUGUGACUGGAAACACUGACUCCAGGAGUGACGAGAAUGGACCACCACCAACAAAGAAACGAAAAAUCAAUAUUCAAAACCGAACCUACUUGAAAAAACUGGAUGAGCUGAUGGCCGACACAAGUGGCACUAUAGAGCUACAUUAUCUCAAGACGCACUUCAUUGGUCCCUCGGGUCUUGGAAAAACGACCACUCGACAGCGGCUUGUUGGAUCCAUUACUAACCUGUCUUUGCUGCCCGAAGAUCAAAGGAAACGCUGCAGUACAUUACUAGCCGAGUGUGAACAAGUAUUGGCCUUUGUUGACAAAUCUGGAACAAAGCUUGAAUUCAAAGCAUCUUCAAGCCUAGAGGAAGAAACACAGUUCAUCUUCUCUUACCUUAUGUCCUGUGAACCUAUUGAAGACAGCACUGUCAGUCCACCUAAGGAACAGCCCACAAAAGAAACCACUGACCCAAAGAAGCAAACUCAACUCAAGAUCGAUGAAGCUGCUACUGCACCCAAAGAAACGGUAUCACCAACACCUGGGCAAACACCAGAACCACCGAAAAAGGUCGGGAAAGUGACCACUGUAGAUGUUGAAAAGGUUGUGUCGAGACUUCGGAGUAUUGUGGGUUCAGGAGAGUACACUAAAGAGCUGCUGAACAAAGUCCUACUCAAUCUGGUCGAUAUAGGUGGGCAGCCUGGAUUUGUGGAGAUGUUUCCUUUUCUAAGCAAAGGCGCAGGGAUUUUUCUGGUAUUCUUUCGACUGGACAAAGACCUCGAUGACAUGUGUCAAGUCUCCUACGAACGAGGAAAGGACAAGAUCACACCGUACGAUUCAACUUACACAAACAGAGAAACACUCUCUCAAAUCCUCUCAGGUAUCAACCAUCAUACUAAGAUUGACUCGGAUAUUGACAGAGAGCAGUGUAGUAAACUGGGCAACCUAGGCUCUACUAAGCCUGUUGCUACCCUCAUAGGUACUUUCAAGGAUGAACUGGCAAUGCAAAUCAAAGUCGAUCUUCUAUACGAGAAAUAUAGUACCUCCACAAAAGCUGUCUGCAAGAGCGAUAGUACCACUGCCAGCAAGAGCCUAGAAGAACACGAACAAAAGAAAGCAAUUCGGGAUAUUUUGACUCAAAAGAAGAGUGAUAAGCAAGCUAACGUCAGUGCAGAAGACACGGCUGCCAUUGAGCAAACAAUCAGCCAAAACCUCAACUCAGACCCUUUCAAUAAAUGUGUCCAAGACCGGUUAGAGCAAAAGUUGACGGAGAAAAACGAAGCUGUGAGCACGAUUACCAGCAAGUUUGAGGAUUUACUUUCUAACCCAAAGGACAAGAGGUUCAUAGCAGUGGACAACUACGAAGGCACUGAUUCUGAUAUGGAACCUCUUCGUGAACAUCUUCAUGGCUUAUUCAGUAGCUAUUUCAAAGAUGCCAAGCUUCGCAUUCGCCCACAACAGCUUUUGUUUGGAGUUGUACUGAGAAAAGAGUAUGACAUUGUGUCUAUGGAAGAAUGUAUUCGUAUCGGUACCGAGGGGUUAAAGAUGAGAGAGGAGGAGGUUCGAUUCACCGUUUGGUACCUGGAUCGGUACGUUGGAGCUUUAAUCUAUCAUCCAGAGAUCAAGGACAAAUGGUUUGGGAACUUUGUCAUUUGCAACCCCCAAGUGGUAUUCAACAGCCUCAGUGUUCUCGUUGUCAAUCCGCUGCUGGAGCUCCAUUCUGAAAUGAGCAGUAUUCACUUCAAGGAAGCUGAGAGAAAGAAUUGGAUACUCAAGGGGCAAUUCUCACUGAAAACAAUCACUCGAUGCCAUUCGGAAGAAAACCAGGGUGUGAAGAAAGACCAGUUGAUUCCUGUUGAGAAGCUGCUCAUACUGCUCGAGCAUUCCCAUCUUUUGGCCAAAAUCACAGCAGUGGUGAAGGAAGGCCAUACCACAGAAAAAAUCGAAACGACGUAUUUCAUCCCUGCCAUUCUCAAGUGUGCAUCUCCCGAGGAACUAACGAAACCACCCACCACUGGCAUUGAUACACCCUCUCCAAUCAAGAUCACAUUUGACCCCCAAUACGUUCCCACUGGAAUAUUCUGUGCCAUGAUCAGUGAUUUGGUCUCAAGGGGGAGUAAAGGCAAAGGCAUUCUGGGCAUGACUUGGAAACUUGCCACUGAUUCUCCAGUAAAGAGAAACCUCGUCUCCUUUCACAUUGACGAAUCUGCCAAGCAUUUUGUUACCCUGAUUUCUCAGGUUGAUAGCUACGAAAUACGAAUUAUUCGAAAAUGCAAGGACCAUACGAUGCACGAGCUUUGUUCCUACGUCCUCUCAACCCUCCUGUUGGUGAUGAAGGAUAUUAGUCCACUACUCUCUCCGAUUAUUGCCUUCGACUGCUACUGCGGCAAACAUGAAGAUGGUUCCAAGCUUUGCCUCCUCACAACAGGAGUUGAUCCCUGCUUUAGCUGCACACACAGAGUCUCUCUGAGCCCUCACCAAGAAUGCUGGUUUGCAAAAGAAGUCAGCCUGGGAGAGGAUGUUUUUCUGCGGGCCUUACCCUUUGCCUCUAACCGAGACUUGAGGGACAAAAGUCUCUCCUUUGAGUGGAGCAAAAGAAUACCUGAAAUUAACGGUGAUGAACACAAAUUGGAAUUCAGGGCCUCGUCAAAUAGUCACUUCAAAGGCUUUAUCAGUUGUGAGAUCUCCAAGGACCAGAAGAAUUUCUUCACCGUGUACCACUGCCUGAGAAACAGUAUCGGAUCGUCACAAGAGGAGCCUACUAGCAGAAACCAAACAGUAGAAAUUGCACAAUGGUCGUCCAUUGUUCUGACUGGAGAUGAUAUUCUAACAAUUUGUGAGAAGCUGAGAAGUGCAAGCAAAGAUUGGUUCAACUUGGGACUGGCUCUCGGAAUGAAGAUUACCGACUUGGAAGACAUUGAAGAUGCAUACCGCCAUAACCAACGCCGCCUAAUGAAGAUGGUAACCAAGCGUCUUGAAGUCACUGAUCCAGAGCACCCGAUGACAUGGCCUUACAUAUGUGAAUGUCUAAGGAGUCCGACUGUUGAGCGUAACGAUGUAGCUGAGGAAAUUGAAGACAAGUAUGUGAGGACAGCAACUGCAGUUGCUCAUAGUGCCACCAAUUGAUCAUGAGAACCUGACAAGCUUGAAGGGGACGAAUAAAGUAAAGAAGCAUAAAGAAGCAUACAUGCAAGAAUUAAGUAAAGAACUGACUGAUUCUGUGCUAACAAUGUAUAUAGCCAUUAUUAUAAAGUAUGAGUACUGUGACAUGUUCAAGCAUUGUUCCUUUGUUCCUUGUAUAUAAAAGGGAUCAGCAUCUUAUUCUAAUUAUUUAUAAUUGA